AUGGAGAAAACAGCCACAGCCUCCGCCCACUCAGCGGCCCCCUCGUUCCAAACCCACGUCGAACCCGACCUCCACCUCCAAUCCAAAAUGAAGUCCCUCGGCACAAUCAACACCCUCCGAUUAGGCGCCACCGCCCUCGCCCUAGGCAUGAGCCUCACCGUCCUGGGAACGGCGGGCAACACCCUCCGCGUCUACGAGGAAACCCACGUCCUGACGCCUCACUACCUCCCCCUCUGGCCAGAGCAUUUCAACAUCCGACCUACCAUCUCCCUCGUCGUUGGCAGCGUGUUUGUCAUCCUCGCCAGUAUUGCCUCUCUGGCCUGCUCCAAGAUCACCACUUUGAGGAAUAAAACAACCCUCCACACCUCCACCACCCUCGCCGCACCAGUCGUGGGGUUGAUCGCGGCGCUGAUCUCGGUUGUCUUCUUCUACGCGGCGAAUUCGUCGGACACGGUGGACACGUUUACUUCUUGGACUUGCAGGUGGAGGGAUGUGCCCAUGGGGCAGCAGCCGCAUUGGGGGACGUUGUGCGGGCAGAGUUAUGCGGGGUUGUAUCUGGCUAUUUUGCUGAUUCCGGUUGAGGUGGUGGGGUUGGGAUUGGGGGUUUGGGAGAAGAGGGUGGGCGGUUAUGUGGAGGGGUAUCAGGGGGCUAGGAAGAGUCCUGCUUUGUCUUAA